AUGGCCAAUAUGAAGAAGAUUGCUGUCAUCGGCGGCACUGGCGCCCAAGGCAUGCCUGUGCCCUUGCUGAGAGCGGACGAUAUCGUCUCAGUCCUCACCCGCAGCCCCGAGACUUCUGAUGCGAAGCAUCUUGCCGCUCUCCCAAAUGUGAAUUUGCUGCAGGGUGCCCAGGACAACCAGCAGGAACUACACAAUGCUUUCCGAGGUGUUUACGGCGCCUGGAUCAAUAUAGACGGGGCCUACGAGAUUGCGAGGUCGGAACGCGUGCAGCACUACGUCUGGGCAAGCAUCGAAUACGCCAUGGAAGCUGCAAGCUUCGACGAGGAGAACUGCCAUUGUGACCACAUGGAAUGCAAGGGGCGAGUUGGCAAAUUUAUCCUCGCGCAAGGAUCGUUCAUGUGGGCCAACCCAGCCCUGAGUCGUGUGAAGCUUCCAAUGGUUGCUCUCUGUGACAUUGGGGUAUAUAAUCUCUGGAUUUUUGACAACCCGGCCGAGUCAGCAGGCAUUGAUCUUCAAGUCAUGACGGACAAUGUCAGCUUCGGAGGGAUUGCUAGGACCUUGACCAAAACCACGGGAGAAGUCACAGUCCAUAGGAUACUCCCCUUUGAGGCAUACGCGCCACUUGCAGAGCCUUACCCGGGUGCAUCUGUCAACUGGGUACUCGGCCUGUGCCCUUGA